CUUCCCUCUAAUUUUGUAGCUUUAAUGUCACCCACUAACAACCAGUUAUAUUAAUAUAUCACUACCUCCCCUCCUGUACGUUUACAUUUGAGCCUCUUGAUGUGACCAACUUCCUCACACCAAAAAUAUAUAAUACGUCACCUAAAAGUCAAAGGGGUCCUUUUUGAUUCACAUAAACAAUGAAAUUUGAAGACUAUCUCAUGGAGAAAAGCCAAGAGCCUCCUCAGAAUAGACAAGACCUUGAGAAAGAGGUUGUCAAAUUGCAAGCGCAGUUGAAGUGUGAAGAGGCACUAAACAGGGUCUUAAGUUGUGCACUUCAUGGACCUGCUGGCUCUCUUCCACUCAUUCCACCACUGUUUCCACCUCAGGUUCAUAAGCUUCUUGAAGAAUUGGCAAUGGUUGAGGAAGAGAUCAUCAAGCUUGAAAGAAAAGUUAAGGAACUAAAACUUAGAUUGUUCCAGGAGAGAUACCAGAAUCCAGAUUGGGAGAUACACCAUAGAAGACAACCUAAACGAUAUAACCAUUUCCGAGGAUCAUCAAGGUAUGGUUCAAUGAUUACUGAGCAGAGGUCAAGUUCACUCAAUUAUGAAGUACUUGGUAAAGGAAGAAAGACAAGUUAUAGAAGGGCCUCUCUAGGUUCUGCAUUGGAUUUCCAUAGCCUAUUUUCCACGCCAAGAAAGUCAAACGAAUAUGAAGUGCCAAGAAGGAGCAGUGGAAAGAUAGCAAGAGAAUACCCCAUGCUUGUAGAAAAUGCCUUUGAGAAACCAAAUGAGUUGUCAGAGGAACUGCUGAAGUGUCUGAUAGGCAUUUUUCUGGAACUGAACAGGACAUCAUUGGACAGAGAAGAAUCUGAAACUGUCCCGAGACUCACUCUUCCAUGCAUGAAGUCCACUGGCAUGAUGGCAAAAACCUCAUUCAAUUGCAAGGCAUCUUCAAAUAGCAAUGCUUCCUGUCUUGAUCCUUAUGGCAUAUCAUCAGACUUAGAUUUCACAUCAAGAGAUGUAGGACCCUACAAAGACUUCAUUCAAAUCACUAGGAGCUCAUUGGACAUAGACCGUUUUUCACACUGCCUCCCAGCAUUCAGAAAACUGAGGGUGUUGAUGCAUAAGCUAUGUGAUGUGGAUUUAAGUUUCUUGACCUACAAGCAGAAGUUGGCAUUCUGGAUCAACAUCUACAAUGCCUGCAUAAUGAAUGCUUUUUUAGAUCAUGGCCUUCCUUCUACUCAGGAUAAACUGUUGACACUUAUGAAUAAGGCUGCAAUGAAUGUAGGCGGGAUAGUACUGAAUGCUCUGGCUAUCGAACACUUUAUUCUUCGGCACCCAUGUGAAUCAAAACAUGAUCCUGUGGAAGAAAAGGAAGUGCUAUUACGGCAUGCUUAUGGUUUGGGGUAUCCAGAACCCAAUGUCACCUUUGCUCUUUGUAGAGGCACUUGGUCCUCACCAGCAUUAAGAGUGUACACUUCUGAGGAAGUUGUGAACCAAUUGGGAAGGGCUAAAGUGGAGUACUUGGAAGCUUCAGUAGGUAUCACAAACAAGAGGAAGAUAAUUGUGCCUAAACUUUUGCAGUGGCAUAUGCAUGAUUUUGCAGAUGAAAUGGAAUCAUUAUUAGAAUGGAUUUAUAGCCAAUUGCCACGUUCAGGUUCAUUGAAAAGGGCAACAAUGGAGUGUCUCAUUAGAGAAACAAAAUAUCCCAUGUCUAAAAUGGUGGAAAUUCAGCCAUAUGAAUCAGAAUUCCGCUACCUCCUUCCUGUAUAAAUUAAAAAGUAAAACGAAACACCUUGACUUUUUUUUAACAUUUUUUCAAUCAUUGGUAAAUAUAAGUUUCAUCAAAUAGCUCUAUUUAAGUUUCAUUAAUAAAUUUAUGAACAUUGCUAUUUAGUAUAAAAAUUUUGAUUGAAUCCUAACGGGUUGAAAAUUAAUUAACCAAAAAGAUUUCAUAAAGUACCUCUUUAAUUAAAUGGGACUCUUUCUUAGGAAAUAAUAUUUUUAUUUCCCAGUAAACUUUUGUCAUUGCUGCAUUGAAGAUGGAUUUGGAUAGUUAUCAAGUACUAAUGAAUCAUGCAGAGUAGUGAGGGUACUCUUUUGAUGUUCCCUAAAUCUUAUGUUUUGAUUUUCUGUAAUUUGAAUGUUGGUGAUUGUGAAGCGUGUCCUGGCGGCUGAUGUUUGGGUUUCAUUGAUGGUUGUCAUGGAUGAUUGGGUCAUGAUAUUGAUUGUUGUGGUGUGGUUGUGAAUAAUAAUAACAUUUAAUACAAAAGUGUGACACAAUGAAGAGCAAUCUAGUUUUUGGUGCUACAAUUUUCUUAAUCAAAAGUAAUGGAUCGACGAUGGGUUAAGGGUGACACUAUGGGCUCUCUGUGGUCAAAUGAAAUAAAGUAUUUCAUUUCAAUCCAACAUUUUCCACUAAUUAUGUUGAGUGAUAUGAAUAAUUGUGUGGGUCGAUUUUCAUUGUAAGAAUUUGUAUAAGCUUAAGAGUAUUUAAGUGUUUGAAAGUAUUGAGC